UCUGAAAAAGUUCUCUCACCUUACCACCUCGCCCAUCCAUACAUAUACUACCCCGAAGAGCCCCCAAGACACUUCAUUCUCUCACUCAAUCUUGAUCUCACCCAACACACUAAACACACACACGCACGAACUACAGACACUCUGCCGGGCAAUUCUUUCUCUCUCUCCCGGCCGGCACAUGUGGCAUACACAGAGAAAUAAAGAGAGGAUACACUCACGCCCCCUCCCCUCCCCUCCCCCGGGGCGAUAGACGGACUAGGCGGCCAGUGCAGACAGAGUACGGACACACACGCACACGCACCAUACCUCUAGGCACACGAACGACACGCAACACGCACAUCUUGACCAAAAAGAAGGUGUGCUCAUGAAGCACUUGCCAGCCCUCGCCAGGCUGCUGGUCACAACUUCGUCACACCCCAGCUCCCCUCAAGUCGUGGGCUGGCCAUGGAGGGGUCUGUUCAGCUAUCUGUCUAUCCUCGCGCAGCAGCGGGGCCCUCCGACUGUCUGCCGCUGUCCUCGCCAUCGCCCGAGCGUUGCUCCGACUCUCUAUAUGCCCUCCUGCGCCAGUACUCACACUCAGCCUGGCAGGGAACACACAGAUCACACACGGAGCAAACAGAGAGAUAGAGGUGAGAUAGAGAGAGUCUCCCUUGUCGGCACGGGGACCGUGGCGUACCUUGUAUCGGCUGGCCUCCCUGCCCAGUUCCUCCCUCUCGCGAAGCAACUUCUUGAUCAGCUGCUCUUGGAGGGCCACUCUCUUCCACAUCAAUGACAAGACGCCGGCAAAACCCCAAAC